GCAGAACUGCAGAGAGGGCACGCAUCCAUCUUGCUGUCUUUGGACAGGCCGGCCCCUGAAACACCGGGGGCAAUGGAAGACUAACUUCUCCACAAGGUUUGCUAGGCAAGACCAGCAACCACACAACAAGGACUCCAACUAACCAACUAAAGAGCUGUUGCCCAGAGCAUUGUUCCCGAGGAAGAAAAGAGCUAAGCACACACCCACAACUGCUUUGUGCCAAGAAUCUACAGUUGGGUUUGCCAAGCAGCAUAUGUUGUCCUUUUGGAAAAUGAGAGUGAGACCGCAUGAAGAGGCAGCAGAGGUGUCUCAAGCCAUCUCAAGGCCUCUUAGCCCGGGCUGCUGAGAGCAGAAGAGAAGAAAGAACCAGAAGAGAAGGAAGAACCCGGGCAUAGCAGGUGCCCACCAUGGGGCAGAGCUGCCAGCGAGGAUGCAGUGAAGAAGCAUCUGAAAAGCCCAUCAAGCCCCCACUUACUGAAGUUAAGAUUGACAAGUAUCUCUAUGCCAUGCGGCUCUCCGAUGAAACUCUGAUAGAUAUCAUGACUCGGUUCAAGAAGGAGAUGAAGAAUGGCCUCUCCCGGGAUUUUAAUCCAACAGCCACAGUGAAGAUGUUGCCAACGUUUGUAAGGUCUAUUCCUGAUGGUUCAGAAAAGGGAGAUUUCAUUGCCCUGGAUCUUGGCGGGUCUUCCUUUCGAAUUCUGAGGGUGCAAGUGAAUCAUGAGCAAAACCAGAAUGUUCACAUGGAGUCCGAGAUUUAUGACACCCCGGAGAACAUCGUGCACGGCAGUGGAAGCCAGCUUUUCGAUCACGUCGCCGAGUGCCUGGGAGACUUCAUGGAGAAGAAGAAAAUCAAGGACAAGAAAUUACCUGUGGGAUUCACGUUUUCCUUCCCUUGUCGGCAGUCCAAAAUAGACGAGGCCAUCCUGAUCACCUGGACAAAGAAAUUUAAAGCGAGCGGAGUGGAGGGAAUGGAUGUGGUGAAGCUGCUUAACAAAGCCAUCAAAAAGCGCGGGGACUACGAUGCCAACAUUGUGGCUGUGGUGAACGACACGGUGGGGACCAUGAUGACCUGUGGCUACGACGACCAGCAGUGCGAAGUCGGCCUCAUCAUUGGCACUGGCACCAACGCGUGCUACAUGGAGGAACUGAGGCACAUUGACCUGGUGGAAGGUGACGAGGGCAGGAUGUGCAUCAACACGGAGUGGGGGGCCUUUGGGGACGACGGGUCCCUCGAAGACAUCCGCACCGAGUUCGACCGGGAGAUAGACCGUGGCUCUCUCAACCCCGGGAAGCAGCUGUUUGAGAAGAUGGUGAGUGGCAUGUACUUGGGAGAGCUGGUUCGAUUGAUCCUGGUCAAGAUGGCCAAGGAGGGCCUCUUAUUUGAAGGACGGAUCACCCCGGAGCUGCUCACCAGGGGGAAGUUCAAGACCAGUGAUGUGUCAGCCAUUGAAAAGAAUAAGGAAGGCCUCCACAAUGCCAAAGAAAUCCUGACCCGCCUGGGAGUGGAGCCAUCUGAUGACGACUGUAUUUCAGUCCAGCACGUGUGUACCAUUGUCUCAUUUCGCUCUGCCAACCUGGUGGCUGCAACGCUGGGCGCCAUCUUGAACCGCCUUCGAGAUAACAAGGGCACACCCAGGCUGCGGACCACGGUUGGUGUCGACGGGUCUCUUUACAAGACGCACCCACAGUAUUCACGACGUUUCCACAAGACUCUGAGGCGCUUGGUGCCCGACUCCGAUGUGCGCUUCCUCCUCUCGGAGAGCGGCAGCGGGAAGGGGGCCGCCAUGGUCACCGCGGUGGCCUACCGCCUGGCCGAGCAGCACCGGCAGAUCGAGGAGACCCUGGCCCACUUCCGCCUCACCAAGGAUAUGCUGCUGGAGGUGAAGAAGAGAAUGCGGGCCGAGAUGGACAUGGGCCUGAGGAAACAGACGCACGAAAAGGCCGUAGUCAAGAUGCUGCCUUCCUUCGUCCGGAGCACUCCAGACGGGACCGAGCAUGGUGACUUCUUGGCCCUUGAUCUUGGAGGAACGAAUUUCCGUGUCUUACUGGUGAAAAUCCGCAGUGGGAAAAAGAGAACGGUGGAAAUGCACAACAAGAUCUAUGCCAUUCCCAUUGAAAUCAUGCAGGGCACUGGGGAAGAGCUGUUUGACCACAUCGUCUCCUGCAUCUCCGACUUCCUGGACUACAUGGGGAUCAAAGGCCCCAGAAUGCCUCUUGGCUUCACGUUCUCAUUCCCCUGCAAGCAGACGAGCUUGGAUGCGGGAAUCUUGAUCACCUGGACGAAGGGUUUUAAGGCAACCGACUGCGUGGGGCACGAUGUAGCAACCUUACUAAGGGAUGCGAUCAAAAGGAGAGAGGAAUUUGACCUGGACGUGGUGGCUGUGGUCAAUGACACGGUGGGCACCAUGAUGACCUGUGCUUAUGAAGAGCCUACCUGCGAGGUUGGACUCAUCGUAGGGACUGGCAGCAACGCCUGCUACAUGGAAGAAAUGAAGAAUGUCGAGAUGCUGGAGGGGGACGAGGGGCGAAUGUGCAUCAACAUGGAGUGGGGUGCCUUUGGGGACAACGGGUGUCUCGAUGACAUCAGAACUCUCUAUGACAGACUGGUGGAUGAAUAUUCUCUAAACGCUGGAAAACAAAGGUUUGAGAAGAUGAUCAGCGGUAUGUACCUGGGUGAGAUCGUCCGCAACAUCUUGAUCGACUUCACCAAGAAGGGGUUCCUCUUCCGAGGGCAGAUCUCUGAGCCACUGAAGACUCGCGGCAUUUUUCAGACCAAAUAUCUCUCCCAGAUUGAGAGUGACCGGUUAGCACUGCUCCAGGUCCGGGCCAUCCUCCAGCAGCUGGGCCUGAAUAGCACCUGUGACGACAGUAUCCUCGUCAAGACCGUGUGCGGGGUGGUGUCCAAACGGGCCGCGCAGCUGUGUGGUGCGGGCAUGGCCGCCGUGGUGGACAAGAUCCGCGAGAACAGAGGGCUGGACCAUCUCAGUGUGACUGUGGGGGUGGAUGGAACACUCUACAAGCUUCAUCCGCACUUCUCGAGAAUCAUGCACCAAACCGUGCAGGAACUGUCACCGAACUGCAACGUGUCCUUCCUCCUGUCCGAAGACGGCAGUGGCAAGGGGGCUGCCCUCAUCACGGCCGUGGGCGUCCGGCUCCGGGAAGAAUCGAGCAGCUAAGAGUACCGGCCCCCCGGCCUGCUGUCCUUCCAGCGCUCCUCUCUUCAGGCGGCGACCCCCUGUCCCUCCCAGCGAGCUGUGCCGGGAGACCCCGGCGCCAGGGCCGGCCUCGCCGCAGCGGGGAGGGAGACCCAAGCCAACUAAUGGCGCAUAGCGUAGGGUACAAAAUAGAGCGCGUGCUGUCGAUAAUCUCUCCCCACUCCGGCCCCUCCUCGUCUGCCCCCGCCACUCUGCAUGAUCCGAUUUCUACCCGGUCGUACGCUCCCCGUGUGUGAAGUUUAGUGGCGUCCGUUUCCAGUUUCUGCAUUCGUCCUACAGAGUUAUUUAUUGGCCCAAGGUGAAAAGUCGCACCAUCUGGCAGGCCUCCUGGGCCUCCGCAGCCCGUCCUUGGGGACACAUCCCCUGUGUGAAACGUAUUAUCACCAGCAGACACUGCCGGGACUCCCUCCCCGGGGGAACCUUAGCUGCUUCCUCCCGUCCCAGCGCCCACUGCUGUCUGGCGUCCCGAGGUUGCCCUCAAGACGUGUCAGUGCCACUGAAUCGUGUGUCCGUGGAACUGGUCAGAGCCAUGCCUUGACAGUCUUGCAUUCUGUCUGUCUUGUUGCGGGGGCGGGGGGGAGGUGGGCAGUUCUGCGGGAAAAUGUCUCGUCUCCAUUUGGGCAAAAGGAACCGAACCGACAAACAGUGCCCCCAUUGGAAUUUCCCAUUGCUUUUGUGAGCCAUGUUGUAUGACCUAGUAAACUUUGUACCGAUUCAAA